UAGGUUUUUUUUUUUUUUUUUUAUCUCUACCACAUGCGAGGCCAUGAUUGGAUCAACACGUGUCUACCUGACGAGCUGAUUAUCGAGAUCUUCAGGCACCUGGACUCCAAGGGCAGCCGCGAUGCCUGCUCUCUCGUCUGCAAACGGUGGUUGGCUCUCGAGCGCCUCAGCCGCACCACCCUUCGAAUCGGCGCUUCUGGCAACCCUGACCUCUUCGUCAAGCUUCUUGCUCGCCGCUUUCACAAUGUUAAAACUAUUCACAUUGAUGAACGAUUCUCCAUUUCUAUUCCAGUCCCAUUUGGAAGAAAAAGGGGAAGUGACCAAUCUACACCGCCUCUUAAGCUACAUUCUGAAAAAGGUGUAUCCGAAGGUGGCCAGUUUGAACCGUACUGUUUGUCUGAUGCUGGUUUGAGUGCCCUUGGUGACGGCUUUCCAAGGCUUGAAAAGUUGAGUUUAAUCUGGUGCUCUACUGUUUCAAGUUUAGGCUUAAUGUCUCUUGCUUACAAAUGCAGUUUCUUGGUAUCUCUGGAUUUACAAGGUUGCUAUGUUGGAGAUAAUGGUCUGGCUGCUAUUGGGAGGGGUUGUAAGCGGCUUGAAGAUUUGAAUUUACGUUUUUGUGAAGGAUUGACUGACACAGGCUUGGUUGAAUUAGCCCAAGGCUGUGGGAAAUCGCUAAAGACUGUCAGUGUUGCAGCCUGUGCAAAAAUAACAGACAUAUCAUUGGAAGCAGUGAGCUCCUAUUGCAAAUCUCUUGAAAGUCUAUCACUAGAUUCAGAAUCAAUCCAUAAUGAAGGUGUACUGUCUGUUGCCCAAGGAUGCCCUUCUUUGAAAGUUUUGAAGCUACAAUGUAUUAAUGUCACAGAUGAAGCUUUGAUGGCCGUGGGAACCCAUUGUUUGUCACUGGAGGUGUUGGCUUUAUACAGUUUCCAGCGAUUCACUGACAAGGGUUUGCGUGCCAUUGGGGGUGGAUGUAAGAAGUUGAAAAAUCUUACUUUAAGUGAUUGCUAUUUCCUGAGUGACAAGGGUUUAGAAGCAAUUGCUACUGGUUGUAGAGAACUGACACAACUUGAAGUUAAUGGCUGCCACAAUAUUGGGACGAUUGGACUGGAGGCCAUUGGAAAAUCUUGCCCACGCCUCACUGAAUUGGCUUUGUUAUACUGUCAACGGAUUGGUAAUCAUGCUCUUAUUGAAAUUGGAAAAGGCUGCAAGUUCUUGCAGGCUCUUCAUCUGGUAGACUGCUCUAGUAUUGGUGAUGAUGCCAUUUGCUGCAUAGCUAAAGGCUGUAGAAAUUUGAAGAAACUUCAUAUUCGCCGAUGUUAUGAGAUUGGUAACAAGGGAAUCAUAGCCAUUGGUGAGAAUUGUAAAUCUCUCACAGAUCUUAGCCUUCGGUUUUGUGAUAGUUUAUUUAUUAGGGUGGGAGAUGAGGCACUUAUUGCCAUUGGUCAAGGUUGCUCCUUGCAACAACUGAAUGUUAGUGGCUGCCACCUAAUUGGUGAUGAUGGAAUAACAGCUAUUGCUAGAGGAUGCCCCGAACUCAUUCACCUAGAUGUAAGCGUACUUCAGCAUUUGGGAGAUAUGGCAAUGGCUGAAAUAGGAGAAGGCUGUCCACUACUGAAGGAGAUUGUGCUGUCACAUUGCAGAGAAAUAACUGAUGUUGGUCUAUCUCAUCUUGUUAAAAAUUGCACAAUGCUAGAGUCCUGUCAUGUGGUAUAUUGCCCAGGAAUAACUGCAGCAGGAGUAGCCACUGUGGUGUCAAGUUGUCCAAACAUAAAGAAGGUCCUGGUUGAGAAGUGGAAGGUUAGUGAGAGGACCAAACGAAGAGCGGCCUCUGUCAUUUCCUACCUAUGCGUCGACCUUUAGAUUCCACAUCCAUUCAAGUUCCUGUCUAGUAAUUGCAGAACCAAAGCUGCAAAAUUUGGGGUGAAGUGCUUGGAUUCCAGAUGUGAUAUAAAACUUUGCCCUUUCUUUUCCUCAUAAUGUAUGAGUUCCUCCUUUGUUGGUCCCUAUGUUGUAUUGUAUACACACUAGGUAACUCUGUUUGAUUUUCUGUUGUCUGUUUAUUUAAACUUUGUGAAUAUAAUUAUAUCAUUUCCAUAUGUUCAAAUGAAUAGGCAAUUUUAUUCUAA